UAUAUUAGUGCGACCCAAUAUAGAUAAACAUUGUGGUCCGAUCACCGAUGCAGUUUUGCAAUCUUCGUGUGUGUGGAAGUGUGAUGAACAAUGAUCUAUUACACUGAAAAAGAAAUUAAGGAAGAAAUAGAAAAGGGUAAAAUUAUUAUCCUCAGAGGAGAUCAAGUGUAUGAUGUGACGGACUUCGCCGACAGACACCCAGGUGGAAAGGAAUACCUGGUCAAACAUGUUGGAAAUGAUGUUACACAACAAAUGCAAAGUGAAACUUAUCAUCAUCAUAGUUUAGCAGCCUAUACAAUUCUUAAGAAAUAUUGCAUUGGAAAUUUAAUGCAGAAAAAUGUAAAUCUAAGGCACAGAAAUGGAACAGUGAAAAAUGGAACAGUUAAUGGAACAGCAAAUGGCAUUUCCCACAGUAAUGGAACCGUCCACUCUUAUGGUCAUAGUGUGCACCAUGAUCAUACAUUUCCAGAUGAUCCAAUUGAUUGGAAUGAACCAAUUCUAUUUCAAGUUCCUAAACUAGGUGACCGUUAUUUUGACUGGGUCCAUCGACCUGUCGACGGUCAUUUGCGGUUGAUGAAGUCCGAGAUCUGUGAAUACUUUUCCCAGUGCCCAUGGUAUGUGGUGCCAUUAGUGUGGAUCCCAGUGGUUCUCUUAAUGUUGUACACCUCCUAUUCAAGUCUCCAAGAUGGACCAUGUUCCUUUGCUGUCACUCUUACUAAAGGUAGUGUAUUUAGCAUUCCAGUGACAACCUACCACAUGCCUUUACUAUUUGUGAUUGGCUUUUUGUUGUGGACGUUGGAUGAGUAUGUGAUUCACCGAUGGCUGUUCCAUCUAUGCCCUCCCUCCAACUACCCGGUGGUAAUGAUAUUACAUUUCCUGUUUCAUGGCCAACAUCACAAGGCCCCCAUGGAUAAAGUCAGACUAGUGUUCCCUCCUGUACCAGCCGCUGCCCUGGGGGUUCUUGUCUACUCUGUGUAUUGCCUGUUUAUGCCCCCCACCAUGGCCUUGACCGUGUUUGCGGGAAGCAUUAGUGGCUACAUUGUGUAUGACAUGAUACAUUACUAUUUACAUCAUGGAGUACCAUAUGGAAGUUACUUCAAGUCUCUAAAAAGAUACCAUGUAAAACAUCAUUAUCAGGACCAACAGAAAGGGUUUGGUAUAUCUUCCAAAAUGUGGGAUUAUCCAUUUGGUACUCUCAUCAAAGAAUGACCUCCUGCUGAUAUCUGUACAUGCCAUGUUCCUGUCGUAACCUUGUCAUGUGAUGAUACAGCAUACUAUGUCAGAUGUAGUUCCCUCUCUGUUGUGCAUUGUUUGACCAAAUGUCCAAAGCAAAGACACUCAGUUAUGAUUAAGUAGAUCUAAAAAACUGUACAUGUAUUUGUUAUUUUUUUUCUUCUGAAAAAGUUCAUUUUUAUGCAAGAAAUUCUGAUUGUUUACUGUUUGUUGACUAUUUUUGUGCUUGUUGAUUUUUUUUUUUGGCUAAAAAUUGUUUAACAAUUUAACAAUUUUCUUUUUAUGGAUUACUUGUUUGUAGUUUUUUUUUUGUUUUGUUUUGUUUUGAAGUUAAGAAUUGAUUUGAUACAUUUUAGAAAAAAAAAAUCAGAAUAAAUAAUAUAAUCACUCAAAGAAAAGUAACUCUUGCAGACAGACAAACACUGAACCUAAAGUAACCUACCUCAAUGACAAGCUGAUCUGGGAUGUUAUUUACCUUUACAUAUAUAUACUAAUCCCUUAACAUUCUAAUGCAGCUCUUGGUUGAAAAACUUUUUGCUUUAACAUUGAUAAAUGUUAAAUGGAAAAUGUUAUUGUAACAAUCUAAUCUUAACUAUUCUCAAUUAUUUUAAUGCGCAAAAUGUUUGGAAAUUUUUAGUUGUUUUUUUUUUUUUUUCAAAUUAUUUCAUGUUAUUUACCAAUUAGACAAUUCUGAAAAUAAAAUUAUGUUAAAUUCAAGGGAAAUUCAAAUUUAACUUUCUCAUAUCUGGUUAUUACACAUAUCUUGUGGUGAUCAAAUAACAAAAAGAAAACAGCUGUAUUUAGAGUGGUGCUAAAGCAAGGGCCUAUGUUAGCAUUUGUGGGGGAAAAAAAUCAGUUAAUUUCCUCUUUCCUGUUGUGAAAAAAUUCAAACAUUUAUUUUUUGCAAAAUAGUUUAUUUAUCAAAUUUAAUGGAGAAAAUUGAAAGGAUCUUUUUGUACUAGUCUUGAAUGUAUGAAUAAAAUAAUGUUAAAUCUAUUGAACAUGAAUAUAUUAAUGUUUGUUUUUGUGAAUGUGAACUACAUUAUGAGAACCACUAAUAUCAUUUUGUGCCUACUGUUUGAUUCAUUGCUUUUUUAAUGAUUAGUUCAUGAUGCAGCUACUGCACAAUAAAAUCAACUGUAUGUACAAUAUAGCCAUAUUUUGUGUAAUGUAAUUAUCUCCUUUUUUGUAAAAUAUGUAUACUUCUUAUAUUUUAAUGACAUGUAAAAUGUUAAGAAAUAUACGCAAUAUUGUCAUGGUACAAUGUAUAUCGGAAAAGUUUAUCACCGUAUUUUAACCUCCAAAAUAUUUUUGGGGAGUUAUUAAUAAAAAAAAAAAUUGUAGUGGAUGUAUGUAAUGUUAGAAAGAUACUUCACUGACAGUUCAAUAUACAUAUAUUCAAGAGAUAGAUGGACUAUAAUUCACAUAGAACUACGUGUAUUCUGUAUUGACAUAUCAUUGUAAGUAUAUAUUUAGCAAUGCUUUAGCUAGAUAUGUAUAAUCACAGGUGAAUUUUAUUUUUUAAUUUUUUCUUUCUUCAUUGUGUUUGAUAUAUGGACUGUAGUGUAGUGUCUCUGUUCAGCUGUAGGCUUAUUAUAUUAAUCAAUAUAGUGCUGUAAUUUUCUAUUUAUUUAUAAUUGCUGUAUGUUUUUAGCAGUUAGUUUUGUUUUCUCUUUCUUUUUCUGUAGAUUCUGAAAACCACCAUGUAAUAUUUUUUCUCUUUUUUAGUAUUAAUUAUGCAGCUAUUUAUCCUAUUUUUAAAAAAAAUAUAUAUAUACUUAGAAAUUUGGAAAAGGGAUUAAUUUUGUCAAGUAAUAUACAGUGCCAUAUCUUGAUCUGGAGUUGCACAAUCAAUAUGUUUGGUUUUAAUCUUCAUUCAAGAAAAUUGGCCACAGAUAAAAAUUCAGGGAAAUACUAAACAAAUUCCAGCUUAAGUAGAUUUCAAUUCAUGCAUUUAGUGGGUAACUUCGCAGUAUAUUUGGAAAAAGUAAAAAAAUUGCAUGGUGCAAAUGUUAAGCCUUGUCAAUGUUAAUUUUCUUUUGAAUCUUGUUAUAGAUUUUUAUUAAUCCCAUUUUGGAAAUGAGGGCUUAUUUGAUACAAAGGCAGAUUAGUGGAUAUAUUAGAUCUUUGUUCAGAAUUAUGGAAUGUUCUUGUCUGCAUACCUAAUGAUAAAUCUCUGUAUCUAAUACUUAACACAGUUAUCUAACUUUGUUUUAUCUUUGUCCUUUAUCCGUUACAUAGUUAUCUAACUUUGUUGAGUUUUUCUCUUAGCAUAAUAUAGACCACCAUAUGUAUCUUUAGUGUACAGGGUGUGUGUUUAUUAAAGAAUCUAUAUCAACAUUU